UAGCAAGACUGUUGUUGUUAUCAUGGGAGCUCUGAGAGGAUUGCUGCUCUUUGUGCUGACUGUUGGGGUCUUCAAUGUUUGUUGUUCCCCUGUUGGAAAGUCCAAGAAGCAAGAUCGAGUCUCUCUACAGAGGAGAUUUGGAGAGCUAGCAUCAAAUGACGUCUCCAUGGCACAUGCCCUGGCCUUGCUCCGGUCCAUAGUGUCUGACUCUAAACAAGCCAGAGAAGAGUAUUUGGAGACCAAUGACGACGACUCUACUGGUGCCGCUACCGGCUCGCCUGACGACGACGACUCUACUGGUGCCGCUACCGGCUCGCCUGACGACGACGACUCUACUGGUGCCGCUACCGGCUCGCCUGACGACGACGACUCUACUGGUGCCGCUACCGGCUCGCCUGACGACGCACGACUCUACUGGUGCCGCUACCGGCUCGCCUGACGACGCACGACUCUACUGGUGCCGCUACCGGCUCGCCUGACGACGACGACUCUACUGGUGCCGCUACCGGCUCGCCUGACGACGACGACUCUACUGGUGCCGCUACCGGCUCGCCUGACGACGACGACUCUACUGGUGCCGCUACCGGCUCGCCUGACGACGACGACUCUACUGGUGCCGCUACCGGCUCGCCUGACGACGACUCUACUGGUGCCGCUACCGGCUCGCCUGACGACGACGACUCUACUGGUGCCGCUACCGGCUCGCCUGACGACGACGACUCUACUAUCAAAAA